GAACUGUGAUCGCUCCAAGCACGCUUUGCGCACGCUGUUAACAAAUACGCCAGGCCGCAAUUUCAACACAUAAGUAUUUACCAAUCCACUGAUAAUUUAUUGUGUCAGAUAUGUCAGAGACUAAAUACCGAUAGCGUACGUACAGUACUGCAGAGUUCAGAGCAGGGCCCAUUCAACAGAGCAGACUGUCAACCUAUCAAAUGCGGUGUGAGGAGCUCGGUGGACCUUGAUCCUGUUAUUCCAAGAUGGCAGCGAUUGUAGGCUCGAUAGCUUAGAGUUCUAAUAUCGGUCAACAGACUAAGAGAUCGCACUGUCAAAGUGAAAGCAUGGCAGCUAUUUUGAAAUCUUGGCGAGAGGCCGCUACCCUGAUAAUUGUUUCAGCUAACAAAUGUCGCAACGGUAUAACAUUCCAACCAGUUGGUUCAAGUCGCAGGACAGCUGAACUAAAGGGAGAUAACUUUGAGACCCUUAUGCUAAAGAGAAGUAGCAAGUCAACUUUUAUGCCUAAUUUGUAUGUCUUCCCUGGUGGUGUAGCAAGUGAUGCAGACUUUUCGAAAGACUGGCUCGACAUUUUCGGCCAAGCUGGUGAACUCUCAAGGUCGAACUUAUUCAAUUUUGUGAAAGGAAAUGGACAAGGGGCACCGAUGUUCAGUCGAAUUCGUGAUGCAGAAUUCACUGCCAUUCCCAGUGAAAUAGCGUUUAGGAUAUGCGCUAUACGAGAAACGUUUGAAGAAUCAGGCGUUUUGCUAGCGAGAAAUGUUUCCAACUUGAAGCAAACGACGGUAAUGAAUGUAGACUCGCCAACAUAUGGAAAUGCCUUGAAAACAGAUUCAAACAUUAAUACUUGGAGGAAGAGAGUUGAAGAAAACGCAUCUGAAUUCAUCACGAUGUGUCGUGAUAUGAAGAUUGUGCCUGAUGUGUGGUCACUAUAUGAGUGGUCGGACUGGCUGACACCAGCUCAUGAGAUCAUUCUUCAUCGUAAACCCAGAAGAUACGAUACUGCCUUCUUUCUGUGUUGCCUGGAAGAAAAACCAGAUGUUGCUGAAGACAAGGGGGAAACUGUCCACAGUCAGUGGGGAUCCCCAUUAAACAUUUUAAUGGAAUUUGAAGGUGGAUGGGCAGGUAUAGCUCCACCUCAGAUGUACGAACUGGCUCGACUGCUGAACAUGUCCAGCCUUGAGGAAUUGCAUCACUUCAGCUGGGCACGGUCAAACAACAGAAUUGAGCGAUGGCUUCCUGUCAGAUUUGAAUGUGCCGACUCUGUCCUGUACCUAAUGCCUGGUGAUGACCUAUAUCCGAAAGUGCUGGAUGUUUACGGAGAGGGAGAAAUACUGAACAGCAGCUUGACACAGGAGGAACUGAAACGUAAACACCCUCGCCACCAUCGAACGCAUUAUCUUGUGGACAGCGAGGGAAAGCGCAAGGGGCGUAUCACCUGCAAUAUUGAAAUGGCAGCUGAACAUGUAGCUCCAUAUGCAGAUUUUGACAAUCUUAAAAUAGAAUCCACAGACUCAAAACUGUGAAGUGCUCGGUUAAUAUUUAAUAUUAAUAUUUAUGAUGUUUGUAGUGUGAGUGAGUGAGUGAGUUUGGUUUUACGCCGCUUUUAGCAAUAUUCCAGCAAUAUCACGGCGGGGGACACCAGAAAUGGGCUUCACACAUUGUACCCAUGUCGGGAUUCGAACCUGGGUCUUCGGCGUGACGAGCGAACGCCUUAACCACUAGGCUACCCGACCGCCCUGUUUGUAGUGUGAAAGAUAUCGGUCAUAUUAUCAGUACCGGUAUGUUAACCAGUCCAAAUACAUCAAGAAAUAUG